GCCCCUCCAGCUCCCCCUCUGCCUCCCGCUCCCUCGGCCCCGGCCCGGGGGCUAUCACCGAGGACCGGAGCAGAUCGCCUCGGGAGGGGCUGAGUGCCGGGAUGGACCCGUUGCCCCCCUCGGGUUGGGGCCGGGGGUCGGGGUGGUGGAGGCGAUCAUUAACCAGCGGCGGGCCUAAAAGUAGCAAUCAGAUGAACAGUAGCAUUACUUCUGAGAGCUGGACACAUCAUUCACAGACUGACAGCACCUAUAUCACAACUGGAGAGGACACAUCUACCACUACUACAUCCCCGAAAGACACAGAAUUGUCUACUCAUUUUACAACAGUUACCAACAGUUCACAACUCGAUCGUUCAUCUUCAACAGACACUGGAGAGACUAUCACAAGUGAUUCUGAAUCGACGAGUCAUUUAAGUAUGACCAUGCUUUCAACAGGAGCUUUAUCUAUAGAUGUCUCAGACUCCAUCAAUCGUUCACCUUCGGGAAAUGAGCUUCCAAGUGGCGUUGGAGAAUUAACAAGCCAGAGACUUGUCAUUGAUUCAGAAAGAACUUUAAGUACUGCAGCAAAUACUUCUGAGGUGUUUGCAAUCACUUCACUGAAUCUUUCUGAACAAUCUUCAAAUACUUCACCGAUUAUUUCGGAAAGAUCUAUAGAUAUUUUAUCGAAUGCUUCUGAGGUCUCAUCAUUUACUUUACCGAGUCAUUCUGAAAGGUCUUCAGAAACCUCGCCUAAUAUUUAUGAAAGAUUACCUAUGGUUUCUAAAAGUUUUAUAAAUAUCGUACCAAAUAAUACUGACUUAUCUUCAUUUACUUCACUGACUGAAUCUCAAAUACCAAAUGAAAGCUCUUCAGAAACCUCACCUAGUAUUUCUGAAAGAUCGCUGAGUAUUUCUGAAAGUUCAUUGAGUAAUUCUGAACAAUCACUUAGUAUUUCUGAAAGAUCACUGAGUAAUUCUGAACAAUCACAGAGUAUUUCUGAAAGAUCACUGAGUAAUUCUGAACAAUCACAGAGUAUUUCUGAAAGUUCAUUGAGUAAUUCUGAACAAUCACAGAGUAUUUCUGAAAGUUCAUUGAGUAAUUCUGAACAAUCACAGAGUAUUUCUGAAAGUUCACUGAGUAAUUCUGAACAAUCACAGAGUAUUUCUGAAAGUUCACUGAGUAAUUCUGAACAAUCACUGAGUAUUUCUGAAAGAUCCAUAAAUACUGACUUCUCUUCAUUUACUUCGAUUGAUAUUUCUGAAACCUCAUCCAGUGUUUCUGAAUCCUCACCUAGUAUUUCUCAAACAUCACUGAGUAUUUCCAAAAGAUCAAUCAGUAUUUCUGAAACAUUCCCAAGUAUUUCUGAAACGUCACCUAGUACAUCUGAAGCAUCAUUGAGUAUUUCGGAGAGAUCCAUAAGUACACCAAACAAAACUGAAUUAUCUUCAUUUACUAUCCCGAACAAACCCGAAAGGUCUUCAGACACUUCAGUUAAUAUUUCUGAAAGAUCUGUAAAUACUGUUACAGUACAAGAUGCUUCCGAUAAGUCUUUAUUUACUUCACUGGAUGAUUCAGAAAGAACUUCAAAUAGUCCAUUGAAUGAUUCUGAAACCUUUUCAAGUCCUGCUGAGCCAUCAUUCAGUACGUUAUCAAAGGAGUCUUCAAGUACUUCAUUGAAUGGUGUCGAAAAGCAUUUAAGUACUUCGGCAAAUGAUUCUGAAGGUUCAAUGGAUGCUUCAACAAUUAGUCCUGAAGAGGCAAGAGAUUUAUUUUCGACAAUUUCACCCGUGGAUUUGAAUGACAUCAGCAAUGGUUCAGACGUAUCAGCUUCAGCAACUGGUUCACAGUCAACCAGUCGCUUACAUGUUUAUCCAAGUGUAGCAACUGUACCUGCUAUUAUAACAAGUACUUCAGUUAGCAAGACAACGGAUGAUUUCUUAAAUACCACUUUUCUUUCUACGGAAAAUAACACUAACUUGAUGGUUACAACUUUAUCUUCUAGACACACAGAUUCAGAAAGGUUGCCUGAUGAUUCUACGAAGAUAACUUCCUCUAGUUUUAGCGCAAUCAAUUCUUCCAAACUGGAUCUAGUGGUAUCAGAAACUGACAGUCUUCUUAAAUCAACCCAGUUUCUCAGAACAACGGCACAAAAUACUCUCAGUACAGUAGUUCCUGGAAGAACAACAGACUCUCCAGGAACUGUAGGACAUUCAACAACAAAUGGAGAUUUAUCAUUUUCGACCGCAGGGCUGCCUGUUACAGAAACAAGAACUUCCUCAGCAAAAAUUCUGAUAACACCUGGGACUCAAUCCAUCACAACCUCUGCACUUUCACAAACCCCCACAGACACUUCACAGACUCCAGAAAUUAGUACGGUGGGAAGAGAACUUACCAGUGAGAGGACCAGUCCGGCAGCUUUGACCAGUACUUUCAUAGCAAGAGAAACCACAGAGAUUAUGCAGGUGCUGCCUACAACUGCCCUCAUUGAAACAACUGAACCAACCAGUACAACAAUUGUGACAAGCACAAAGAUUUGGACUAGCGCAAGGUCAGCAAGUGUUACACCAAAUGUAACUCACUCAGAAACCUCAACCAGCACAUAUAUUCCAACCAGCACAGAGAUUGCUACCAGCACAAUGCUGUCAACCAGCACAAGUAGUCCAGCUAGCACACAUAUUCUAUUCAGCACAACGCCUCUAACUAGUACAAUGCUUCUAACUAGCACAGGGAUUCCAACCAGCACAAGUAAUUCAGCUAGCACAGAGAUUGCUACCAGCUCAAUGCCUUCAGCCAGCUCAAUGCCUUCAACCAGCUCAAUGCCUUCAACCAGCUCAAUGCCUUCAACCAGCUCAAUGCCUUCAACCAGCACAAUGUCUCCAAUCACCACAUGGAUUCCUGCCAGUACAAGGACUCCAACUAGCACAGUGAUUCCCAUCAGUACAAGAAUCACAACUACUAAAGAAUCUGCUCCGGAAACAACAACAAUAACAACAACAACAGCAGUGCUUCAUAUUACCAAUACAAGUACAUCUCAAAUGUCCACAGUAUCGGCAGAGAACCUCUGCAUCUCAAAUCCUUGUCUGAAUGGUGGCACGUGUAUCAUUCUUGAUAAUAACAGCAAACAGUGUGUAUGCCCACCCAACUGGCAAGGAACAGACUGCAAUGAAGAUGUGGAUGAGUGCCUAUUAAAUCUCUGCCCAUCUCAAGCACAGUGCCUUAACACCCUGGGCUCUUUCACCUGUAAGUGCCCUGCGGGGUAUUACCUCGAGAAAGGAGCAAGAUGCACUUUGGCAAGAACCUUUGCAGGUAUUUUCUACAUGGAGCGCCCCUUCACCAUCAAAUCCCGAAUCUCAGGAACUUGGGAGCUUGAAACAAAUAUUUUAAAAAUGCUUAAUGCUUCUCUGUUUUCUCUAAACGGCUACCAUACAUCUGUCGUUGUCGAAUUAAGCGAGCCUGACGUCAGCAUUUCUGUCUUGAAUAUGUUUAUACUCUCAUCCAAUGUUACUACCUCAGAGGUAUUGAACAGUGUACAAACUUACAUAGCAAACUGCAGGAAUCACCCUGGAAGCUGCCAAUUUCUGCACCAUUACCAGAUGUUCUAUAAAGAUAAAAAAUUAUGUAGCUUGAAAUUUCCUGAAUGUGACAGUGCAACUGCAGAAUGUAAUGAUUUUAACGGGAUCGCAGUGUGUCAGUGUAAAGAUGGUUAUUUCAAAUACAGCACCAUGGAUCAUUCAUGUCGAGCAUGUGAUGAUGGCUACAAAUUAAAGAAUGGAACCUGCAUCCCUUGCCUGUUUGGAUUCGGUGGAUUCAACUGUAAAAAUCCUUAUAAACUCAUCACUGUGGUGAUCGCUGCUGCUGGGGGAGGAUUGCUGCUUAUCCUGGGCAUUGCACUAACAAUCACUUGCUGCAGGAAAGGUAAAAAAGAUAUCAGAAAACUGAUCUUCAAGGGUGAAGAUUUUCAGAUGUCUCCAUACGCUGAUUACCCUAAAAAUCCCAGGAUAUCUGCGGAGUGGGGCAAAGAGACGAUAGAGUUGCAGGAGAAUGGAAGCACAAAAAACUUACUGCAGAUGACAGAUGUGUACUGUUCGUCUGGAUUGAGAGUGUCAGAUGUAGACAGAAAUGGACUGUAUCCUUACACUGGUUUACCAGGAUCACGCUAUUCCUGUAUCUAUCCUGGACAAUACAAUCCGUCUUUCAUCAGUGAUGAAGCCAGAAGACGGGACUAUUUUUAACCAAAGAAUACUACAGAUUUAUUUUUUAGCGUUGCACCAGAACUUGGCGCAUCGAAGCAAAAAUAAAGAGAGAUGAUCUACUGAAAAACAGCUGAAUGAUGGUAAAAGACUGGUGGAAUGUGAAGAAGCCCUAUACAGUCAUGUUGUCAGCAACGACCUUACGCAGUAUCACACUGUGACCAGCAAACAAUCAAGUGACAUACAUCGACUGCACUGAAUGUCCUUAUUUGCAGCGACACUCAGACACGCUCUGCUUAACAAGUGGGCAAUUCCUUUCUUGUUCCUAGUUUCCUGAUAAUUGGUAUUAUUUCAUUUGACGAAACCGCUGCCAGUAUUAUCAACCUGACUAAAUAGUAAUGUUGCACAACUCUAAGAGACACUAAUGGUGACAAAUUGGUGGAAGAAAUAAGCACUAUUAAGCCAUAAACCCAAGUGUCUUUACUAUUGUAUUGUUCCAGUCUAACAGGAAUUCAACCACAUCAGUAUUAUGGCUGGAAACCUCAGUCUGAAUUUGAAAGCCUGCUUCUCAAUCACUUUACAUGCUUACGGUGCUUGGUUCACAUGAUAUUUGCGCUGAUUAUUAAACUAGUUUUUCUUAUUCUUUCCUUUCUCGCUAAUGCACAGCUUCUGUCGGAAGAACAUGAAAACCAGCAUGUUCCUCCUUAACUCUAAGGUAUUGUACAGCACAGUCAAUGGAGCAGAGUUUUUCCAAGUUUAAAAAAAAAUGUUGCAUUCACUUCCCAUGUCAACUUAACGCGGGGGAACGUUGACCACAGAUAUUGUUCAGUACUAAACAUUUUCAGAAUAUUGAACUCAAUGAUUUCUGAUCGCCAGAGACUGAGAUUGCAAGGAAAUGAUCUCAAAAGAUGUUAUUUAUAACCGCCUUACGUAAGAUAGUGCUGAAUUAAUAAUACUUGUUUUGCUGCUGCAGUUAGCUGCUUUUCGUGCUCAGAGACGCUACCCUGCUUGGGGCGGGGGUGCUAUAUAAAUGCAAGUUGUUGUCGUUGCUGUUUUAACCACGCGUCUUUUUUAAAGUUUGAUUUAAUAAGUUUUUUUAUGCUUUGUCUGCUGAUCUCAUCCAGUGGGCAGUGGUUUUGCUAAUUUUCAGCUUGCUCAGUGCAACACUGAAGGACAAGAUACAGUAUUAAAGUAAACUUCUCAAAUGUCAGGAGUAGCUUUAUCCCGCAGCAUGGCGUCAGCUGUAGUUUGCGUCAGCGUAUGUUGGUAUAUACCCAGUCCUGAUGUUUUCCUUCCUUUUUGUAAUCUCAGGGGAAAUGUUGUAUUCAGUAUUGGGGUAAAGUGAACUCGUCUAAUGGGUUGACCGUUAAAAUGCCAUCGCCAGUUCAGAGUUCUUGCAUAUACACAAUACAGCGCAAAAUUAUCUUUGUAAAGCGUCUUUCACGUCGGGAGGACAUCCCAAGGUGCUGAACAGUC